AUGAACGGUCGCAUGUGGCAUCUCUCCUUGAUCAGUACAGGCGAAGUCAUUCAGCAUGUCGAGUCAGAUGUGUACAUCGAGGUCCCUCACAUAGCUGACAGGGACCUUGCCCUCCGCGCAGGCACCAGCGCAACCCCAAUGGACCGCGUAGAGACUAAUGCGCGGGUUGAAAUCCUGAAGUACCUACGGGAGGCUGAGAAAGAAAUAAACAAGGCAUUCAUGGUCAUUGGGCAGAAGAACGCAUCGCUAUAUCCCCACAUGCGGGCGAAGCACCCAGACGAGUGGGGGUCCGUCAGUCUUUCAGAGGCUGCGAAGCUGGUGUACGAUUAUAGACCGGAGAGCUGGCCGACUCUUUUCGCAACGCAUAAAUAUAUCAUGGGUCGCCCUAUCGAGUUUGUGCCGCACAUGCAGUCUCAGAGACUUGCGCUCACGUACGACGUGCGGCCAGAAAACCAUGUUGUUAAACUGCAGAAAGUUGUGGAUACGGUGCGGCAAAGGAGUCCGGAACUGGAGGCGUUUAUCGAGAAAGCUCGGGGCCUUAUUCUUACUGCCAGAGAGAAGGCUAGCGAGUCGUGGGAUGAGCCUCCGAGCAGAGUUGUCGUAAAUGAUGUCACAUUUUCCACAGACAAUCGCACCAUCCUUGAUGUCUUGCACCUUGCAUUACGCAGGACGCGUAACACUUGUAUUGAUCCCUCUUCUGGAGUGGUCACAUCCAUCAUCAAGAGGAUUGGCUUGCAUGCUCAUAAGAUGGUGGACGACGUGUGUUCGCGGCAGUUCCUGAUAGAGAUGGGGGAGAUGGCCCCUUGGGAGGAUAUCGUGACCCAGAGGAAGGAGCUGAAUCUGGACCUGACUCCAGACGAGGAGUCGCAGCGUACCAGAGAUGAGCACGCUCUUGUCCAAAGGAGCCUGUCUUUGCUGCGACCCUCGCGGGCGAAGGGAAAGCAACCAUUAGGACCGGAAGACUUCUAUGAUCGUGAUCCCGUCGAGCAUUUGCGACACGACUUCGGAAGCUUACCAGUCUACGUGAUUGACGAUGUGAGCGCAGAAGAGCUGGACGACGGCUUGUCUGUGGAACCUGUUCUUAACGAGCCUGGUUCGGCUUGGAUGCACGUCCACAUUGCAGACCCUACUGUUAUCCUUCCACCGACUCAUAUUAUCUCAGAGGCAGCACGUCGAAUAGGCUCCUCCGCACACUUCAUCCACAAGACAUGGUCUAUGCUACCUCCCUCCCUUACCCACGACCAACUAAGUUUGGGCUCGCAUUCUCGGAAGGGAGAGCCUGAACCUGUCCUUACAUUCAGCUUCAAGAUAAACGCUGAAGGCAACAUGGUCGACUACGAUGUUAAAGCCGGUCUCAUUCGCAACGUCAAAAGAGUCGACUAUGAUAGUGUGGAUCGACUUCUGGGAAACGGAGGUGUUCAAUUUGGCUACCCAUUCGAAGCACCCCAAACCCCUGAAAUCUCCCAUGUACCUGUACUAGAAUCAAAAGAUGUGGAGAAUAUACGUCUCAUGGACAACUUGACGCGCAAGUUCCGACAGCGUAACCGCCAGACGCUAAAUCCAUUCAUAUUCUCAGCUCCAUCGAGUACUCUUGUGGUUACUGCAAAACCAAUCCACGGCGCUCCGACAACACCGACUUGGAACGCUUCGUAUUAUUGUGGCUUCCCUAACCUUACCUAUCAAGUGUACUCUCAGAAGACAAUGGAGCGUGGCUCGCGGUUGCUUGUUGCCAACUGCAUGAAAACAGCAUCUCGCGUUGCUUCACGGUGGUUCGCCGCAAAGGGAGUGCCGAUGUUGCGUCGUUCUGCACGGCCUCCGAUAGCCCUCGAGGACAACAGAGACAUUGAGAGGCUAAUUGCGAGAAUGUAUGAGGAUGGAUUUAGAUGGAGCGCCAUCCCCACCUAUUAG